AUGGGAAUACUCACUGUCACCGUUAGUGGCUCAUCCGCCAUCACCCGCCGGCCUGAACGAGGUGUUUUGAACCUCACAGUGAACGCCAAAGGAAGCACACGUGAGAUUGUUUCCCACAAGGUGUUAGAAACUACCAAUGAGCUUAACCAGCUUUUCAAAGAACUGUCUCCCAAGACAGAGUCUGGAGAUCCAACUGCAGAUGCGGCUGUGGUGACUUAUUCGUCCACUUCCCUCCGCACGUGGAGCUGGAACAUCCAGAAUGAAGGGAGUGUGUUUAAAGUCCAGGAAUACCGUGGCAAUCUCUCUUUUGUUGCUGUGUUCCGCGACUUUACCAAAAUGAGUGAAGUUGCCGGGAAGCUUGUGGCAUAUUCAGAUGUUGACAUCAACUCGAUUGACUGGGAGCUAACAGCUGCCACCAAAAAAGCUUUGAGCUCCGAGUCCCGCAAGGAGGCUAUUCGCGACGCCGUUCAAAAGGCAAAUGACUACACUGAGGUAAUUGGCCGAAAGGUGGCCGCAGUUGACAUACGGGAUGGUGGGAACUCCUCUUUUGGCGUGUUGACACGAACUGCCCCGAACCCUUUUGCUGGAGGUGGAGGGGGCCUCUUUGGCAGUGGGCCAUCCUUUGGAAAGGCAUCUGGAGGAGCCUCAGGUUCAGGCCUCUUUGGUGGUGCUGCUAACAAUGCCCCUGCUCCUCCUCCCACUCAUCCCACUGCACCGUUCGAUCUCACUCCACAGGAGAUUCAAUAUACCAGUUCCGUGCAGGUCAGAUUUGAAUCAGACCCGAAUGAAUGA